AUGGCUGCCACUCUUUCCCCAAACAGACUCAUGGCGCACCCCGACUCGUCGCGGACCUCGCAUUCCCUGGAUGGAGAGACGCUCCGUCCUCGGGCUGACUCCACCAUCUCCAGCGCAGACACGGCCGUGAGGUCCAGAGCCAACUCGGAGCUGACUGCUGUUCCAACCAAGCUGGUCUACGAUGAUGUCUCGCUGUCGGACGCGCUGAACCCGGAUCCGCGCACAGAGGGGGACUUUGUCGUCCAAGACAACAAAUUCGCCUUCUCGCCCGGCCAGCUCAACAAGAUGCAAAACCCCAAGUCGCUUGCUGCAUUCCAGGCUCUGGGUGGCCUCUCCGGGUUAGAAAGGGGCCUACGAACCGACCUCGCCUCCGGGUUGUCGGUGGAUGAGACCUACCUGGAAGGCACGGUGAGUUUCGACGACGUAACCACUUCCGCAGCCUAUGGCUCGGCGAAGCACGAGCACCGCCGAGAAAAGGAGCUGCAAGUGUCGCAGCCAUCGCCCGAGUCUCCUCAUCACAUCGCCUCAGGCUUGGAUGCACAGUUCCAGGACCGCAUCCGCGUCUUCAGCCAGAACAGACUGCCGGCUCGCAAGUCGACAGGCUUUUGGACGCUGUUCUGGCGUGCCUACAAUGACAAGAUCAUCAUCUUACUGACCAUAGCCGCCGUCGUCUCCUUGUCGCUCGGUAUCUACGAGACCACCAGCGAGGGAAGCGGGGUCGACUGGAUUGAAGGGGUCGCAAUCUGCGUGGCCAUCUUGAUUGUGACGACUGUCACGGCCGCGAACGACUGGCAGAAGGAAAGGCAGUUCGCGAAGCUCAACAAGAGAAACAACGAUCGAGAAGUGAAGGCCAUCCGCUCAGGCAAAGUUUCCAUGCUCUCCAUUUUUGACAUCACGGUGGGGGAUGUUUUGCAUCUCGAACCGGGCGACUCCAUCCCUGCGGACGGCGUUCUGAUUUCGGGGCAUGGGGUGAAAUGUGACGAGUCUUCGGCGACCGGCGAAUCGGAUCAGAUGAAGAAGACCGAUGGAUAUGAAGUUGGACGUCACCUCGCAGCUGGUACUGCAUCGAAGAAACUUGAUCCUUUCGUGAUCUCUGGCAGCCAGGUGCUCGAGGGAGUGGGCACCUACCUCGUGACCAGUGUUGGACCGUACUCCACCUAUGGCAGAAUUCUGCUAUCCCUGCAGGAGUCUAAUGACCAGACUCCCCUGCAGGUCAAACUGGGCAAGCUUGCUAAUUGGAUUGGCUGGUUGGGCUCCGGCGCGGCGAUCAUUCUAUUCUUCGCCCUAUUCUUCCGCUUCGUCGCAGACCUUCCACACAACAAUGCCUCGCCCGCCGUCAAGGGCAAAGAGUUUGUCGACAUUCUGAUUGUGGCUGUCACGGUCAUUGUCGUUGCGAUCCCUGAGGGCCUUCCACUUGCUGUCACUCUAGCUCUUGCCUUCGCGACUACCCGCAUGGUCAAGGAGAACAACCUAGUUCGCGUUCUUCGGGCAUGUGAGACUAUGGGCAAUGCAACGGUUAUCUGCUCGGACAAGACGGGGACUCUCACGCAGAACAAGAUGACGGUUGUUGCAGGGACACUUGCUACCCGGAGUUUCAGCCAGAACGCGGAUGGAAGCGCGCCUGGCUCCACGGCAAGCGAGUUCUUCAAGCAGAGCUCUAGCAAACUGCGAGACCUGGUCACCAAAAGCGUGGCGCUGAACUCGACCGCCUUUGAGGAAGAGAAAGAUGGCCAAAAGCAGUUUAUUGGCAGCAAGACCGAAGUGGCGUUGCUGCAAUUGGCGAAGGACCAUCUUGGCAUGGACGUGACGCUUGACCGAGCGUCUGCGGAGAUUGUCCAGCUCUUCCCCUUUGACUCUGCUCGUAAGUGCAUGGGUGUGGUCUACCGCGAGCCUGCCUUUGGCUAUCGCCUUCUGGUCAAGGGCGCGGCCGAAAUCCUGGCGGGUGCUUGCACUACCCACAUAAUCGACAGGGAUUCCGACAAGGACAGUCUCGCUGUCGACUCGCUGCGCGAUCACGACAAGCAAGACAUGCUUGCUCUGAUUGAAACCUACGCCAGCCAGUCGUUGCGCACUAUAGGAAUGGUGUAUCGCGACUUCCCGAGCUGGCCUCCCCAUGGCGUCAGACGCAUGGAGGACGAGCCCGCGGCGGCGGUGUUCGAUGAUGUCUUUCAGGACAUGAAUUGGAUUGGAGUGGUUGGCAUCCAGGACCCUCUGCGGCCGGAAGUUCCAGCUGCCAUCCGCACAUGUCAUGCGGCAGGCGUGCAAGUCAAGAUGGUCACGGGUGAUAAUCUGGUUACCGCCAGUGCAAUUGCCGCCGCUUGUGGCAUCAAGACCGAAGACGGGAUCGUCAUGGAGGGUCCCAAGUUCCGCCAGCUCUCCGACGACGAGAUGGACCGCGUCAUACCCCGGCUUCAGGUGCUCGCACGCUCAUCGCCGGAGGACAAACGGAUCCUGGUAGCUCGGCUCAAGAAACUCGGCGAAACCGUCGCUGUGACCGGAGAUGGCACCAACGAUGGCCCGGCUCUUCGGACAGCAGAUGUUGGCUUUUCGAUGGGUAUUGCCGGCACGGAAGUCGCCAAAGAGGCUAGUUCUAUCAUAUUGCUCGACGACAACUUCAAGUCAAUCGUCACUGCUAUCGCAUGGGGCCGUGCCGUCAACGAUGCGGUGGCCAAGUUCCUCCAAUUCCAGAUCACUGUCAACAUCACCGCCGUCAUUCUGACCUUGGUGUCCUCGCUGUCCAGCAGCGACAACCAGAGCGUCUUGAGCGCGGUGCAGCUGCUCUGGGUGAAUUUGAUCAUGGACACUUUUGCGGCGCUCGCCUUGGCGACUGAUGCGCCGACGGAGAAGAUCCUUGAUCGCCAGCCGGUCCCUAAGAGCGCGUCCCUGUUUACUGUGAUCAUGUGGAAGAUGAUACUCGGUCAGGCAAUCUACCAGCUCGCCAUCACCUUCAUGCUGUACUUCGGCGGGAAGACGAUUAUUGGCUCUCAGCUGGGCAGCGAGCACCCCGAGCUGGUUCUAGACACAAUCGUGUUCAACACGUUCGUCUGGAUGCAAAUCUUUAAUGAAUUCAACAACCGACGACUUGACAACAAGCUCAAUAUCUUCGAGGGCAUGCUCCGCAACUACUGGUUUCUCGGAAUCAACUGCAUCAUGGUCGCCGGGCAGAUCAUGAUUGUCUUCGUUGGGGGAGAGGCCUUUGGUGUCACCCGGCUCAACGGCAUCCAAUGGGCCAUCUGCUUCAUCUGCGCUCUGGGCUGUCUGCCGUGGGCGAUCGUUCUGCGUCUGACUCCCGACCGACCGUGUGAGAUUGCGCUGGACUUUGCCGUGCGCUGCAUCACCUUUGUGACAGCGCCCGUCGCUCGCGGAAUGAGAUGGCUAGCAGAGUGUGUCAAGUCUGUAGUGCGGCCUCUGACGCGCACUGCGAAGCGUGCAAUGCCUCGUCGCCAGAAGGCGGGGACUGCUGACACUGAGGCGUUGCCGGACGAAGAGGCGGGCACUACAUCGAUGCAGGUGCUCCAACGAAAGGCGACCCCUGAGGCUCCCCCGGCGACAAUCCCGGUUCCUCCCAUCACCAUUACGACCUCAUGA